UUCUCGUCAAGCAGUGUCGGCUAUUGACGGUACUUAGUCGCGGUUUGCGCCUGGACUAGUGAACUCGCGUCUGAUAAUAAUGUAUGUAAACUAACGCGAGUGCACAAACUUAGUUAUAGUUAUAAUAGUCAUAAGGUCUGAACGUAUAGUCCGUAUUAUUAACGCCUUGAACUAAGUAUUUUGUGGUUUUCCUCAAACAGUGAUCGCGAUGACUCCGAGAUUUUUUGUUUUAUUCGCUGCAUGCUUCGCCAUGACAGCUGCAGCGAACAUGUCCCUCGAUCCUCAAGCAAUCCAGGAGGUGUUUGGCAGGGGCGGUUACGCACCACCACCAUCACCACCUCAACAAGCUGUUCCAGUGACUCCUGGACCACCUAAACAGGCUGUGCCAGUGACUCCUGCACCACCUGCCCUACCACCAGACGACAUCUUCAGUCCAGCGGCCUCUGAUUAUGACCAAUUUGACUGGACGUUGACCAAGCGAGUGGCAGCAGUAUCAGACAAAAAUUUCCUCGUGUCUCCUCUGGGUCUAAAGCUGGCACUGGCCAUCCUCACGGAAGCAGCCACAGGAGUCACCCAGAGUGAACUCUCGUCCGUCCUGGGAUUCGACCUAGACAGAAACCUAGUCAGAUCAAAGUUCUCCACUAUCAUUGAGUCUUUACAGAAAGAGUCACCGUACUACAUUCUAAACUUGGGCAGCAGGAUCUACGUCGGUGACAAUACGCACCCGCGACAGAGGUUCGCGGCUAUUGCGCAGGAGUUCUACAAGACUGAGCUGAAGAAUGUCAACUUCAACAACCCCGCCGUUGCCUCCAAGGAGAUCAACACUUGGGUCUCGAAUAUCACACAAGGACACAUCCCCUCAUUGGUGAACGAAGAUGACGUGGCCAACAUGGUGGUGCUGGUGCUGAACACCCUCUACUUCAAGGGUAGCUGGUACCACCAGUUCCCCCCCAACGCCACUCAUUUUGGCAAGUUCAACGUGUCACCGCUCCUCGUGUCGUAUGUCGAGUAUAUGAAUGUAAACGCCAAGUUCUUCUACACCGAGUCCACUAAAUACGAUGCUAAGAUCUUAAGGAUGCCCUAUCUGGGUAACAAAUAUGCCAUGUACAUCAUAGUGCCCAACUCACUGAUGGGUCUACCACGAGUGCUGACCGACAUCGGUGGCCUUCGACAGGAGUUGGAGAACCUUCAGGAGUACACUGUCGACGUCACCCUGCCCAGGUUCCAGUUUGACCAAACUUCGCAGUUAGACGGCAUUUUGAGAGAGUUGGGUAUAAGAGCAGCAUUCGAGGAGACUGCUUCCUUCCCAGGCAUCGCGCGCGGUCAGGAGAUGGACCAGCGACUUAAAGUAUCGAAGGUGCUGCAGCGCGCUGGUAUCGUGGUCAAUGAGCUCGGCAGUAUUGCAUACUCUGCUACAGAAAUAUCGCUGGUGAACAAAUUCGGUGAAGAUAUUGAAGCUACAGCCGAGGUGGUGGCUGACAAACCAUUCCUGUUCUUCAUCCAAGAUGAGGCCACGAGACAGUUGCUGUUCACUGGUCGGGUCUCCGAGCCACAUGGACAAGACGGAAUCCUUAAAGUAUUUGUAAUCUUCGCAUCAAUCCAAAGUUUAGACUGCCACAUACCACCGAGGCUGGCUAAAGUUUUCAAUUCGCGUCAAAACUAUUUUGACAUCGACCUCCUUCGAUAUGUCGCUGAAGGCAAGAGUGGAAACGUGAUGGUGUCUCCAGCCAGCAUCAAGUCUACUUUAGCGAUGUUAAUGGAAGGUGCCCAGGGUGCAACAGCUAGAGAAAUCCAGACGGCACUAAGACUGUUACCUUAUAAAACAGAUUAUAGAGAGCAGCUCAGUCAGUUUAUGAUGGAUUUAGAGAUAAACUCAUCAAGUGUGACAGUACAUAAUGCGAACGGAUUGUUCGUGUCGGAACCACUGCAGCUGAAGAAAGAAUACGAAAUGUUGGCGAAACGUGUUUAUUUCUCUAAAGUGAACAAAUUAGAUUUCAAUGAUCCACGCACUGCCGCUGAUGAGAUCAAUGGCUGGGUGAACAGUAAAACUGGGGGCUUGAUCCCAGCUAUUUUAGAUCAAGCCCACAUCAAUCCUAAGACGGAGUUAUUGUUGACAAGUGCCCUCUACUUUAAUGGGACUUGGCUCAACGAGUUCGACCGCAAGAAAACCCAUGGAGAGUGUUUCUACAGGAACGGUGUUUGUAAAACCGUAGCCAUGAUGAAUUUGGAAGCAGAACUCAAUUAUGCCCACGUGGACGACUUGAGAGCUCAUGCCUUGGAACUGCCGUACCAGAACAAGCGUUACUCAAUGAUGAUCCUCAUGCCCCAAGACCGUGAUGCUGGAUUGGCUCUCAUACGUGAUCUUCCCUACAUCGGAUUGCUGAAGAUAUCCAAUAUGUUGCAGCCUACACCCGUCGUCCUCACGAUGCCCAAGUUCACUGUUGUGUAUGGAGACGAUAUGGUAGCACCUUUGAAGAACAUGGACAUAUCAACUUUAUUUUCUCCUGCUGCAAACCUGUCAGGUAUCAUUGAUGGUGCAGAAGCUCACUUGAACACCAUAUUCCAUAAGGUCUACAUGUCUGUUGACGAGAAGGGAACUAUUGCUGCAGCAGCCACAGCUGAUAUGUUGGCACCUCGCAUCAACAACAAUUCUGUACAACCCGCUGAUCAGUUGGUACCUCUCAUCUACAACAAUUCUGUACCACUUCGUGUUGAUAGGCCCUUCAUGUUCUUCAUUUGGGACAAUGAGAAAGGUGUCGUCCUAUUUGAGGGAAAGAUUGAAGAGCCCACAGAGUGCGAUGCUGUUACUAAUAAUAAGUUUGGUCAGCCUGAAAACCAACCGAGUCAGCCAACAAACCAACCAAGUCAGCCAACAAACCAGCCAAGUCAGUCAACAAACCAACCAAGUCAGCCAACAAACCAACCAAGUCAGCCAACAAUCCUACCAAGUCAGCCAACCAACCAACGAAGUCAGCCAACAGACGAAUCAAUUGAGCCAACCAACCAACCAAGUCAGCCAACAAGCCAACCAAGUCAGCCAACAGACGAACCAAGUGAGCCAACAAACCAACCAAGUCAGCCAACAAACCAACCAAGUCAGCCAACAGACCAACCAAGUCAGCCAACAAGAGAUCCGUCACAGUCUACGAGUGUACCGACUACAGAAUAUUCCACGAGGCCAUACUACGAUGAGCCUUCAAUAGACUGGUUCCAAAAAGUUUCCAGUUAUUUCGGUUGAUUAGUCAUUUAAUUAAUUUGAAUAGAGUAAUAUAAUUUCAAGUUUUAUAUUAUUAUUUUGACAUACCUAACAUCGAAAUAUAAAGGAAAUUAUUAA